GUCUCUGCUCGCACGCCCCCUGUAUCCCGCAAGAAGCGCGUGGCAGGAAGCGGCAUCGUCAGCGUCGCAGCGGGCACGUCACGCGCAGCGGAGGAGGAACCCCCCCUGCCACCUCCAACUCACCGCUCUCACUUCUCAUUCUCUCUCUCUCCCUUGUCAAAGAAGCAAGACCCGCGUCCAGUGUCUACGACAACUGCUACGACAACUGCUACGACAACAACUGGAAGCCGGCUUGUUCAAGUCGGCGCAGUUUAAAGCAAGCACACACAGCCUCUGCGAGCUGGGCAGCUAUGGCUGUGAGGAAGGAUGCCUUGCCUCUGCCUGAACCCACGUUGAUACCGAGCCUGGCAGUGAGCCCUGAGGACCUCACAGACAUCAGCUUCAUCGGCAGCGGCGGGUUCGGCAUCGUGUUCAAGGCCACGCACAAGCGCUGGUGUGUCCAGGUGGCCCUGAAGUGUGCUAAGGCGAGUGGACACCUCUCACAAAGCCAUGAAGCUGACCUCCUGAAGGAGGCCCAGAAGAUGAAAAUGGCGCAGUUCGACUUCAUCCUGCCUCUGCGGGGCUAUGUGCCGGGCAUCAGCAGCGCGCAGUUGAACCUGGCCCCGGUGGACCUGGGUUUGUGCAGCCAAAUCCUCCAAAGCGGCGGCAUCUCUUCGCGUGCGUUCAAGCACGACUUUAGCUUCCGCCACGCGCUGGUGAUGCCGUACAUGCCGUGCGGCUCGCUGCACGGGCUGCUGCAGCGGUGCGGCCAAGCGAGCGGCACGCGGGGCGAUUCUUCGGCGCUGCCCUGGCCUCUGCGAUGCCGCUUCGUCGACCAGAUCGCGCACGGCAUGAACUACCUGCACGGGCUCAAGCCGCAUCCACUGCUGCACCUCGACCUCAAACCACAGAACGUGCUGCUGGACGAUGACUACCACGUGAAGAUCUGCGACUUUGGGUUGUCGAAGUGGCGAGAGGUCACGGGGAACGUCGAAUCUCCGACAUACAUCGAGUCCUUGUGCCUGAAUGAGGCACUCGCAAAACCUCACGGGCAAGGAAAAACGGGCAGAGACACUGAGCCGGAGCUGUUGCGCGAGACCAAGAGUAAGUGGAGCGAUGGAGAGUCAACCAAAUUGUUCGGAACGUUGCCCUACGUGCCGCCGGAGUACCUACGGGACACCCACCGGAAACCUCACCACACAUUCGAUGUUUACAGUUUCGCGAUCGUCGUGUGGGAGAUCUUAACACUCACCACCCCCUACGCAAACGCUGUCAACUCGUUCCACGUGGUCGAGUGCGUGGUGAAGGGAAACCAACGGCCCAGCACCGACGACAUCCCAGAGGAUCGGCCGCGGGAGGCGGACAGCCUCAUCCGCCUCAUGACGAGCUGCUGGGAUUGUAACCCCAAAGCCCGUCCCUCGUUUUAUGACUGUAUCAAGGUUACGGAGCCGGUAUUUAACGCCUUCAAAGAUAAUGUCCUCACAGCAAGGCAGGAGCUGCAAGCCAUGCUGUCACAGCCUGAUCAAGAGCAACUUGGGUGGGGAGAGUUAAACAUGACGACAACGAUUUUCCGUCCCGUGCAGGAGACUUCUAAGCCACCGUGCUCGGAGUCCUCCGCAAAGCUGAUGCGCAGCGCCCCUCUCGACGGAGCAACUCCGGAGGUCGCGUUGGACGACGCGCUCAACGUCACCGUGACCAACCAGGAGUUGCCAAAAAUCGCCGAGCUGCUCGGCAAAAAAUGGAAACCUGUUGGCCGAGCCCUUGGCCUCAGGGAGGCACAGCUGGAAAACCUGGAGCACAACUACCACUGCUAUGGGAUGGACGAGGUGACCUACCAGAUGCUAAGGAGCUGGCGUGAAAGGGAGGGCCGUAGCGCCACUCGGGCAACCCUCAUGAAGGUGCUCAAGAGUGCCAAAGUGAUGACCGAUGACAUCUUCUGGCAGACGUAGCACCCAUAAAGUCUUGUUUAUCGUGGCCCGAUCUUCAAUCGCUGCUGGAUGAAAGAUUUCACCAUACAAAAACAACCCACUCUGUAACUCUUGUAAAACUAUUUUAGCAGGUAAGGCCCACUGAGCUAUAUAGUUAUUUUUCGAAAGCAACCUGCCCACAAAUGAUAGCCCAACUUAGUGGCCUACCACGUGGAAAUGUAUAGCUGCCAAAUACUCU